AUGCAGCGCGAGCAAAGAACUGGGGAAAGUGAACAAAAUGGCGGCGAAUUUGGUGUCCGCCGCUUCUUCUCAAAAACCUUUGCGUAUUUUGUUGAUUUACACACCACAAGACAAAACACCAUUGAAAGACUAUUUCCAGCGAGGAUGCUGAAAUUUGAUGGAGUAUUUGCACCGCCUUCGCAGCGGUAAGUUAUAUGAGACAAUUUUAUUUGACUCUAUGGACAGCUGUACGGAGCACUAUGAUUAAGUUAAUAAUAGAGUCACUUUCACCAAAUGUCAUGGAUACAGUGUAAUUUUUUCUACUAUCCAUGACGAAAUCAAAAGAAGAGAAAGAUGAUUAGUUUAAUUGAAUGGAUAAAUAUGGUUAAAAAUUAGCUACAAUUCAUGAAUUACCUUCAGCUGUGAAACGUGUUAACAAAGGCUUCAACAAAAUCAGGAUGGGACUGGAUGAUUUGGAUCAACCCAUGUAGCUCACUAUUAAAAUGACAAGACAUUAGGGAUAAGAACGGGUUGAUCCAAUCUGGUCCGAUCCAGAUUUUGUCUACAGCCUGUUAACAACUUCAUGAAACAUUAAUUUUUAUUCCAUCCUUAUAAAGAGGAACCAGGAGUGGAGUAUUGCCAUUUCCAGUGUACUUUACAAUAGCCUAAGAAAACAGCCCACAUUUGGCGCGCCACCACUGGUUUCCCUUAGAAGCAACUUGUGAGAGCAUGAGAUAGGUCAUGAAAUCGUGAGACUUGGCAAGUCUGAAACAAGUGGUGGCAUCACGAAAUCUUCUCAGGCCAUAUUUUAAAACUGGAUCCUUUCAUGAAUAUGCAGUUCUUGUGUAUUGAUCACCUUUUCAGCCAUAGCUUAUGUGCCAUUAUACCUUCCCUAGUUUCUAAAGCUGCUCUGAAAGAGGCGUUUCACAACAACAAUGGUGAAGCAAACACCCACAGUGCCGAAAUUAGCGCUUUGAAUAAUGUAAGCUUCUUUGUCUUUCUUCUCCCACUGCAUUGUUUGUUCACCAGGGAGGUUAUUCUGUGCCGUGUGACUGUUUUAAUUUUGUGUUCUCUCACUUGGGUGGUUGUUGUUUGAUGGAAUCUACAUGCACAAUUCUGGUCAAAAUGUUUGGGACACUUUGUAUUUCAGGUGCAGAGGAUGCAAUUCAAAUUCACCCCCCUCUCCCCCGUUGACAGUGUUGGGUGUUACAAGUCAAACGCCUUUUACAUAUCUUGCACACGUUGAGGACCUCAACUUUGUUCAUAGGGGGAAAGUCUUUUCAAGGCCUUGUUUAUGAGUGUGUAUUACGGGUUAGCUGCAAAUUCCAUUAAAAAAAAAAACAAGUGAAAAAUUGGUGUUGUCCCAGAACCAUUUGGCCAGGAUUGUAGAUUCAUCUUUUUAUUUUUAGGAUUAAUUAAAUAAUUAUUACCAGCUGUAGUUUACACCGUACCUUCUCUUCCUGCAGGAACAGUGACUUCUACAGAACAAGAGUUUUCCCUCCUAAAAAAUUUGUUGCUGCUCAGCUUUCAGCGGGGAUAAAGAUAUUGUACAAAAAUCUUAAGAAUCAAAAGAAAACCCAUCAUCAAGGACAUGGUAAGAACCUCCAGAACCCAGGCAUUUACAAAACUCAGACAGGAACAUCAUAUUUACAUACCUACUGAGGAGGACAUUGGAGGAUACCCCAUACCGCAAUUUAAUGUGGAAUUGGGGAAAUACCGAAUUACCGGUAUCAUGUUGAAAUUGACAAAAUACCGAUACUGCAUUUAUGAUCAGUCACGCUUGCUUAAAAAUGUGUCCAUCUUGCGAGUUUGUUUAUCUCAAGCGUGUAUAUGUUACAGGUCAAAUUUGAUUUCAGUUUUAUUUUGAUUUAACUAAGGUUGAUUCUCAUUUUCCUUUGUUUCCUAGCUCUAAUUUAUGAAUAAUUAGGACUGGUUAAAAAAAUUUAACUUGAAAUCAAAUCUGACUUGUAACUUAUACACCAGCAAUCAACCUCAGCCAUUGCAAGAAAGUGUAAAAGGACCUCAAAUUGAUCAGUAGAAGCCUGGUUAUCGGAUUAGAGAGGAUAGCGCGAAUGAACGGUAUCACAAUACUGUGAAGGAACUCCUUUUACCGAAUACCAUUAGCAAAAGGAUGAAAAACCACAUACAUGUACGGUUACUGCAGGGCUAGAUGAUACUGCAAUACCACACAUUAAAAUCCAAAUUACCGAAAUACUGCUCGAAAAAAUGCUCAAUAUACUGCAAUAUCAUAAACCCCCAUGUCCCCUAGCCUGAAUUUCAUCCGAUUACUUCAAGUCGUUAUUACUCCCUCAGUAAUGUCGUUGUUGAGAGGAGAAAACGACUCGAAGCAAUCGGCUGAAUUUCAGGCUACAUGUCCCCCUCCUUACAAGACAAUAAUACCCACAGUAUUUCCUUUAACUAAUUAAGUUGAUCCAAUUCAGGUUUUGUACCUGCCCCCAGUGCAGAACUUGUUCUUCCUGGGCAGGUAUUGUUAAGUUUCAAAAUUACUAACAAUAAAGCAUCAGCUCGUAGUAAGGCAGUAAAUGACAAGAUUUCAUUGCAAUUGCUUUGAUGAAUUCCUAAUCUAGGUGGUCGCUUAUGAGAGCUUUGUCUACAGGUGUGUAAAUACUAAUUCAAGGUUACCAAAUUGGUUACAAGUUGUCUGUCUCUUUCUAAUUCCAGGAUCUCAGACGGAUAAAGGUGGAAAAUUUCAGCCACAUUAUCCAGGUGCUAUAUUAACUGUAUCAGUCAAGGUGUCGCUAAGCUUUCUUACUAGAGCUGUAGACUGCGUGGCUCCUGGUCUGUUACAAUAACCAGCCUAGCAAAAUCUAUCAGAGUUGUGAAGUGCUUCCAGUAAAAUUGUAGUAAUUAUUUUCGUUAAUUGUUUUAUGUCUGUGAGCUUUAAACACACCCAUAAAGAUACAUUUAUCUUCCUUUACUCAGAUUUAAUUAGGUUUGACAUUUUUCUGACUGUCUGCAAUCUUUUUCAGUUCCCUUGCUUGCUGGCAGGUACAAAUUUGUUCAAGUGAUCGGACAAGGACAGUCUGCAGUUAUUGUUUCCGCUGAGGUGAGAAGGCAACUGCAAAACCUGCUACAGUUACAGUAUGUCUGGUAACUAAAACAACUGAGAUGUAAUAAUAGAUUACUUGUUAAUUUAGCUGUUGCAUUUUGCCCCCAGAAUGUUCAGUCUUUUUCAUUGUGAUUAGAGAUUAUGAUGGUUCUCAUCAUUAAAAUGUUUGUUGUUCAUUACAACAGGAUACCUUUCACCCUGAUAAGAAACCAGUUGCUGUUAAAGUGAUGAAUAUAGAUUAUGCAAGGCUUGGUGCUCAGGUGCUGUAUGUAAGCGUUAGCAUGAACAUUGUAUAUGUUGCACAGUACAUUUUUGUUUUUCCUUUGUUUCAAAUAAACAUAACUAAAAACAAAGGAAAAACAACAGUGUGACGAAGAAGUGUGACGUCACAUUACCAUGGUAGCAAAACUUCUAAAUCACAACCAUAAGGAGCUAAAGCAAUGACGACGGCAACGGCAACGGCAAUGACAACAGCAAAAAAGCAAUGCAUGUAGGUAUAUUUUCGCAAAAAAACUCUUUUGCAUGUGCAUCACGCGUUUUUGUACAUUUUGUAGCCAUCAUUGCACAUAAUUGAUAAAACUUCCUAAUUUCAUGCUCCCACUUUAUGAAUUACGUAGGUGAACACAGCAUAAAAAUUUUGUUUUUCUUUUUCUAAACUUUCAAAUCAGUAGAUACAGUUCUUUUCAGAUUCUAAUUCAAUACUGACAAAAUUUUCAGAUAUAUCAGUUACUCCACACACUGUUAUCUGUUUUACGAAAUUGUUGCAGCACCUAACCAUGCGCUAUUGUCAAAUUAGCUUAAAUGUAAUAAAGAACUGAAAGAUGUAUUUUGGAUUUGUUGGGGUUUAAAUUUUUCCUUGGUUUAACAUUUUUCAAACCAGUUUAUUUUUUGUUUUGCUUUGUCUCUGAUUAUGGUAAUUGAUUUUAGACAAAGGAAAGUAAAAAAUUAAACUGGUUUGAAAAAUUUUAAACCAAGAAAAGAUUUGAACCACAACAGAUUUAUGCUUGUAAUAUUAAGAUCUUCUCUUUUCCAACAUCCACUUUACAUAAUUAUGUUUUCUUUACAUGGUAUUAUUGUUGUUCCGAUUGAAACUAACUGCAUGGCUGAUUUGUCAAACCAACUCAUGAGUUACAUGUACCAGCAAAGUGACAACAGUGACAGUGUGUAGAGACAUUUUGGACAGAUUUCUGUUACUAUUGUUUUUUUUCUAUUAAUGUUACAUUUUAGGAGGCAGAAUUUCUUAAGCAACUGAACAAGGCAGAUGGCCUCAAAGUUUCCAGAACAGUCCAGUUGUUUGUAAGUACAUAACCUAAAUUGAAGGGUAGCCUGAAAAAAAAGCCUAACUGACUUCAUUUAUAACCACCAGACUCUCUCCAGAGAGAGGAACAGUACAAACUUUCUGGGUUAGCCAUCUACUUUCAGUAAAAUUAUUAGUAUUGUUUUGUUCCAUAAAUAAGUCUGUCUUAAUAAGUCAUUCUUAUUAAUUAUUAUUAUUCCUGGUAUUUUCAGAACACAUUCAACUUUGAUGGUCAUUACUGCUUGGUCUUUGAACUUUUACGACCAAGGCCACUGCAUCAAUAUUUUCAGGUGAGAUUUUUUUAUUUAGACUACAUAAUUAGUAGUUAUACAAUGUAUAUAAUAUUUAUCUUCAAAUGUUUAACAACGUGAAAAUGAUCAGAAGGUGUUGAUUCCCAGGCUACUCUUCAUAUGAACCCAGAAACUUGAAAUCUUAGUGACACCCCUGUACUUUUAUUUUUUAUUUAUUUUUUGGAUAACCCGGUGUUUAUCGACAAUAUUCAGUGCCUGUCCAUGUUGUUUUCUUCAAUUUUGAGCUGGUUGUCAAAAAUUAAUUCACAUUUCCUGAUCAUGGAUAGGAAAGCAGUCAUGUAUAUUAUGAUCUCAUUCAAUAUUGUUAUUUAUUUUUAGAGGUGUCAGUUUGAAAGUGAGGUGAGAACUGGAGAACUUUUAAAAGGUUUUACCUUUAGCAUUUAUAAAAGUACCAAUUAUACAUUGUAGAUAUUGUAUGUAAGGCUCUUUCUUAUUUUGCUUUUAUUACCCAGUCAAACUAGGCCAAACUUUUCCUUACAAAUUCCAUUAUUUGAUGCUAGGAUUAUUUGAAAAUUGACUCCAUUUAUUAAGCAGUUGUUGACCACUAUAAUUUUUGCAUUCCUCAAUGCAUAGAUGAGCAGUGAAUUCACACAUAAGGUGGGAAAAAAUUCCUGCCAGGUCAUUUUUCAUUAUGUUGAUCUAUAAAUUUCUUCAUAAAGGAAUUAAUUCUCAUCCUUUUGAAAGUCUAAAAAAAUAAUCUAACAAAAUUACUGAGAAGUUGUUCUGAAGUUCAAAAUUGGCUGCUCAUUAAGCAUGCAAUAAAGUAGAUAUCUAAAUUAUUUUGAUGUUAGUAGUGGCAACAGUUUUUUUCGUAUCGAAUCUAUGGAGGUACACUUAACCGGAUUUGACUGUAAUUUUUUUGGAAGAACAGGACAUGCCAUUCGAUAGGCCAUCAUUCCUUUUGUAUACAAUGUACAUACACAUUAAUUUAAUAGCAGACAUCUUCUGUGGUAAGAGGUAUGAAAUCGUGACUUGACUUUAUUAAUGGUCCUUUGUUAAUUCUUUUCUAUGACAGGAAACAAAACUUAAAGUUAUCAGGAAAAUAGCUUUACAAGUGAGUCAUGCACCAUUGUACAUGUAUUUCUUGGAACAGAGAGUGAAGAUGAGCUGCAAAACCUGUGACUAUGAAUUAUUACUGUGAAGUGAAGUGCAAGAAGUAAAAUGAGGGGUUACUUCAUGGUUGAUGAGUGUUCAGUAUACCUCCUGAAAAAAAAUGAUAAUAGUAGAUACGGCAGACUUGUUUAUGGUUGAUAAAAAGUAUCCCCUGGCUUUUACAGUUUUAGUUAAUGUUAUUUCAAUGCCAAAAUGAUAUGUAAUUAUUUUAUAUGAAUUUAAAGACAUCAAAAUGAGCAUUUUAUAUAACCUUCAUUAUGUUAACAAAAACUCUAUGAAGUACAUUUUUUGGCACACAUCAAUCUAUGUAUAUAUAUAUAGCAAUCAGAUUGUUUUGUUUUAUGACACUAUUUUAAUUUGUCAAUUUCAGCUUUUACAAGUUCUUGGAUUCCUCAAGAGGUAAACUUAUCCGAUUCUGAGCUAUUAAUGUUAACUGAGUUACAAUAAACACUGAAAAGUUGGCUGGUGAAGAGAUGAGAACUUCUGCAGUUUAUUAGGUUGUUAGUAAAGAGAAGACGGCCCUUUUGCUGAAUUUAUAAUCAAAAACAUUUACAAUGGAAAUUUUAUUCACCUUAAACAGUAUGGAGUUCCCUCAUGGGGUCAAAUGAGCCAAAAACCAUCAGGAGUCUUUUUAAUCCAGUCCUAUCCUAAUCCCUGUUCAAAUCACCAACACGUUCCAAAAGGCAAAAUAAUCUGCUACUUUGAGGUAAUGGUGGCUUAUUCCUCGCAUGCCAGGAUGAAAGGAAGGAGACACUGAGGGCAGGUUAAGGCUGCCACUGGAGAGAUAUGUGCUACACUUACUGCCCUUUCUUUCUGAUACCUGCAUUUUUCCUGUAUGGAUCUCCUCCUUUUAGUUUCGAUGAUUCAUGUGGUAUGUCAGCUGUAGCAAAUUGACUCCUAUGUUAGUCCUUGAAGCACUUCCUUGGGUAACCCUGGUUGCAUUUACCAUCUUGGAGAUUGCCCAAGAAAACUGCUUUUGGUAGGCACGUUCCUCUGUCCUUCUUCUAUGUCCUGCACUGUGCAGUUGUGGUUGAAGCAAGAUGGAUUCAAUGCUUGGUAUUUUAGCCCUUUUAAGAACAGCGUCAUUUAAAAAUUUAAUUAUGGCAUUUAAUUCCACAAAUUGUUCACAAACAGCAUUGAUGAAAACGUUCCACAAUCUGACCUGCCUGUGGUAGAGAACCAAUGCCAGGCCUCUGCACCAUACCAGAGCAUUUGAGGGAUGAGGACAGUGAGCGAUUCUGCUGACAACAUUUACAGACUGUACAGUUCCAAUGGAACUUCUUAUUCUCUAUGUUUUCAUCGUAAUUCAAGACUUGUUGAGCUAUUACACUCAAGACAAAUAACCUUAAGCCUUACAAAUAAUUAUCAUUUUAUUACACAGAGAGAAUGUCAUCCAUGCUGACCUAAAACCAGAAAACAUUCUUAUUGAAGAAGGUUUGUAAAUCACUAAGACUUACUUGAAAUAGAGGUGUAUUUACUUUUCCCUGUCAGAGCAAGGGCAGGUAUGGCAUGGGGCCAGGUAACCAGGUGACUCCAUCUCUCCAUAGCUUGAAGGCACAUCCUGGGCACCUGUGACUGUCCCAUUUAUUACCCCUUUCAUGGGUUAUAGUUGUCAAAGGCAUACAGGUCUCUUUUAGGGCAUAACUGAGUGUGUCCUCUGAGGCUAGGUGUCUUCACCAAGUGCUUCACCUGAGCAUGUGUAUGAAACUGCUUAGGCAUGACUGACAUCUACAAGAUGCAUGCAGGUCCUUACCUCAACAGCUGAGUCUACAUGGAAGAUGGCACACCUACGCUUGCGUAAAGAUAUAUUUUUAGUUGAUUUACGUGAUUUUCAAUUGUUGGGAACCCAUCACCUAGAGAUUCCAUCUUCUGCUAACAGCAUAAUAGACUUUCAGCACAUUUUACAGACUUCUUUUCUUGCCAAAAUAUGCUGUGUUCAUAAGUACAUGAACUUCCCUCCCUAGUUUCUUUCAGACAAAGUGGAAUGACUACUUGUUGGUAAAACUGGUUAAAUUCCUUAGUUUGGCACUUCAUUUUUAGUGCUAUGUCUAUUAGGAGAUCUAUUGAUUCAUUCUGAGCAUAAAACACUCUCUUAAUGUCUCCAAAUACUUUGACUUUAUUUUGUACAUUUGUAGCUACAUUGUACAAGUAACAGUCAUUUUAUCCACAAAAAGGUGUUGUUGGUGUUUCGUAUUACACAUUAAAUUUUAUUUACUUUCUGUCUACUGACAGUUUGGUCAAAAGACAUCAGAUUGGGGCUAAUGUAGUAAUAAUAUGUGCUGUAAGACAUUGAUAUUAAUCGUCAAAGUGAUGUCACUGGACUAAACUGACUGCACAUAGAAACACUAGAAAACAUUUGUGUUGAUGUUUAGGUGAAGAAAUCAAGAUAAAAGUGAUUGACUUUGGAAAUGCAAUACGAUAUGUUCAUAGAGAGGUAUGUUGGAUCAUAGUCACAACACCAUGAUUACACUGCAUAUUACAUGAUCCAUCACUUCUGUUCUUUUCAUCCCUAAAGUAUUGUAAUCCUUAAGUAUUGUAUUGUUUUCUUAUUGGGAAUCUCUUGAGUGCUUUUAUUUUUCAAGCACAGUUGACUGUGGGCAACAUGUCAAACAUGGCACUGCUUCUUGUGGGCACCUUGAUCAUGGGCAUGAUGGGGACCAUACCAUGGUCAUUGUGGGCAUUGGUUACUGUAGGCACUGUGGUCAUUAUGGGCACUCUCAUGUUCAUGGGCACUGUCAUGAAUCGAAGGAAACCAUGGUCACUGUGGCCACCAUGUUCUUUGUGAGCAUUGUGGUCAUCAUGCACACCAUGUUCAUAGUGAGCAGCAGUCAUCUGUGAGUAUUGUCUUCAUUGUGGGCACCUUGUUCAUCGUGCAUAUUGUAGGCACUGUGGUCAUCAUUGAGUCUGUGCUAAUUGUUGAAACUGUGAUUAUGGUCAGCUCUGAGUUUAUCUUGAGUACGAUGGUCAUCAUGGGCAGGUAGUCAUUGUUGGCCCUGGGUCACCAUGGACACUGGUCAUUGUGGACACUGUUGUCAUUGUAGGCACUAUAGUCAGUUUGGGCAACACGGUUGUCAUGGGCACUACAGUCACUGUGGGACCAAUUCUUAUUGACGGCACCUUAGUCCUCUUGGGCACUUUUUGUGAUAGCCACCUUGCCUAGUCCCCAUACGGCGUUUUCCCAGUCCCUCUCGGUCAAUUCACUUCGGUGACGUAUCCGGAGGCGAAAGGGCGGGAAACGCCCUCACAUUUUCGCUUGGACCACAUGACCCGAAACGCUUUGGCCAAGCGGAAUAAUGAGAUCUAGGAACUAGGCAAAUGGGCACCAUAGUUAUUGCGGUCACUGUUGUCAUCGUGGACAUUAUGAUAAUUGUGGGCAGCAUGUUGAUCUUGCGCAAUUUAAUCAUCUUUGACACUGUGGUCAUUGUAGGCACCUUGGACCCACAUUGACUAUUAUUACUGCAUUAUGUUAAAAAUUAAUGACUUGGCAGCAUAGUCAACCGAGUAUUUUGUCUUCUUUCCCUUACAGGUUUCCCUUUAUUAUGAUGAGUUUGAUCUACAGACAAUAAUUUACAGAGCACCAGAGGUGAACAAUGGCUUUUAAUGGCUCCUAAUAAUUAACUGAUUACCCAUAGUAAUUUCUUUAUCCCGAUAAAUUUGAAGGCGCUGCAGCGUUAUUUCGAUGAUUAUUUUUCAAAAAGAAGCAUCGCUUUUUCAAGGGGGAAACAUGUUUAUUCACUGCUUAAUAUCUCUAUGAAAAGCUGUUUAUAGUUAAAAAGUACCAUAAUAGGUGAAUACGACAACGAGAUGUUGUAGGUAGUAACAUCCAAAGUGAACUUUUAGUGUUGCUCUUUUAACAAAUAAGCCACAGAUGUAAAUGAAAUUUUGUUUAGGAGUCACCGACAUUACUAAUAAUUAUAAUAAUUUACAUUUAUAUGGCGCAAACCUCUAUAUGAAUAUAUUCGUUUGCGCUUUACAAUAUUGUUAUAUUAAAUUUAUUUCAAAGGUGACUAAAGCGUGAGAAACUAUAAAAAACUACAAUAAAAAGGAUUAAAAACUAUAAAAAAACCUACAAUAAAAGCCAACAAUUAAAUCUAUUUAAAAGCUAAAUUAAAAAAAAGUGAGUUUUAACAGCAGUCUUAAAAGUGUCCAAUGUCUUCAUGUUGCGAAUAGCCGAAGGUAAUGCAUUCCAGAGAUAAGGUGCAGCUGACUGGAGAGAGAUGUUAAGACAGUUUUUCUAUAAAGUCAAGAAUCCCUUGCAUUUCUAGUUUGUUUUAAUCAAGGUCGUGUUGCAUUCUCCACAGGUGAUGUUUGGUGUCCCUUUUGGGCAGGAAAUUGACAUGUGGUCCGUCGGAUGUAUUUUAGCUGAGGUGAAAAAGUUUUUCAUUAAAUCCAAACUAGAAUAAUAGAUUCAGGAUACACAGUUUCUGCCUACUGGUACGGGCGGGGGAACAUGUAUCAUCGUUCUACCUGGUACUCUAGUUGACGGGUAUGGAACAGUAAUGUAACCCUAUCUGUACAUAGAAGCGGUGUAUCUUCAGACAACGGUUUCCCUACUUUCGAGUUCGCUACCUACAUAUUCGUCUCGCGGCCUAUUGGCAAAGUCCAAUACUUGCACCCUUUGGGGAGCAAGCUUUGAAGAAUGAGAAAUAUAUGAAAAGACCUUUUUUCUAGAGCGAUUCAAGGAAUAUUUUCAGUGGUUUACAGAAAGCAAUAUGUAGCGAAUUUGUUGCGAACUAGGACGUAGCGAAAUCGACGAAUAGCGAAACCGGUUGUUGCCAUCUUCAGGCCCCAGUUGUUCAAUCAGUGGAUAUUACUGUCCAUGGGAUAAGUAUUAGGAAAACCCAUUGCCCCAUCCACUUGAUAGAAUGUAUGGGGCAAUGGGUAGCAUUAUCCUUCUUUUUAACAACGGGGGCCCAGUCUGUAAUUUUAUAGUCAAAGACAGAAAAUUAUGUGCUGUGACAUGUUGGGAUAUUUGAUGAAGUACUAGAAGCCUUGUUUUAAGAGAAUUUUGUCUAAGUCGUGCACUUUAACUACAACCCUUUCCUGUAUUGCUGCUUCAAGUUUUAAACUCUCCAAUCGCUUUUUAAGGAGGCUAAACAUAUUUUUCAGGGCGAUACCUUCCAAGUUUGAGCAUUUAAACUACGUCGAAUGAUCAGUUCAGUGCAGAGAAAGCGGCUGCAAGUAACAUAGGUAAUGAUGUAAUUACACCUAGAUGUCAACGUGACACUGGUCAUAACAAAUUUUCAUCUAUUUCUGAUAAUAUUGUAAUGAUGGUUUUCUUAUAUCUUUGUUAAUAGCGACGUAGUUAAUGCUCAAACUUGGGAGGUAUUGGCCCUAACAAUCCAUUCAGAUUCUUCUCCAAGUUACCGCCGUACGUAUCUAAUAACUGUGUUCUCUUUUUUAGUUGCACAUUGGCAAACCCCUAUUUUUAGGACGAACCAAACCUGAAAUACUGCAAGUGGUGAGUAACUGAUCUACUGUGUCUGUAACAUAAGAAAACAGCCUCCACUCAUCGGACCCCGCCGCUCUCUGGUCACUGUAUUGAUCUAAUGUAACUGUCUUUUACCUCGUUUGAGUUAGGAAGACAGAAUAGCCCAAUUUAUAGUUUCUGGUGGAAGCGUGGUUGAAGUUGGCCUUAACUGAUGGAAUUCUUCUUUAAGGUGAUGAUACACGGGACGAUGCGCAACGACGAUUUUUAGCGCAACACAGCGUUGCAAUGCUGGAACAGUGUUGUAACCAUUCGAAACAAUGUCGCAACAAUAUUGCAACACUGUGUUACGCGAAAAAUCGUCGUUGCGAAUCGUCUCGUGGAACAUCACCUUUAAGCUGAAAAGGAACCAUUGGUCGCUUAAUGAAGGUCCUCUUGCCGCGAAGAAGAAUGUGUCCGAAUAACUGGAGGUUACUGAAUAGAGGCUCGAUUGUAUUUUUCUCAACAUUUUUAUAAUAAAAGCAGGAGGGUUUGUAUCACAACAGUCAACCCAACCACACAAUGCAAACUACCCCAUUACCAGAGACCUCCUUUGCAACUCCCCCAAUGAACGCUUUGAGUCCCUAGUUUAUCUUUCGCCAGUCUUGAGAAACUGCGUAUUUUCAAAGAAUCUUUGCUUUGUAGUUAUACCUUCGUAUGACUUCUUACUCAGGUAACCUCCAUCCUGGGUCACUUACCGAAGAGUCCUUUCCAGUCCGGCAAGUUUUUUCCAGACUUAUCAGAAUUUGUUGCUCAAACUCCAGGUAAGUUUCAUAUCAGACGUGAAAAAGGCAGCGUUACGAAAUUUGGAGUAACCCAAAAAUGUGUUCGCAGCAAUGAAAACAUAAAAAGUGUUUGGUUUUCUUCAGAAAUACCCCAUAAUUGCCUUGCCUUUGACCACUAAUAAAGACGCGGUAAAGGAAGGACACUUGAAAGGAAAGACUAACCGUUUUCCAGUGGCGGCGUUAGAGAGAUUUAUAAUCAAGUUUACGGCAAACGUCAAUUUCAAGGUGACAGUUGUUCAAAAUAGGAAGUGAACAGAUAAAAAAACUGUACAAACUAAUUCUUAUGGAUGAAACUGGCGUAAAAAUACUAACUUUUUUGUGAAUGUAAUGAACAGUCAACUGGUUAAUUAUAGGUAAAGGGAAACUUGGUCACGUGGUACAAAUUGAUGUUUGACGUAAACGUGAUUUCAAAUCUCUCCAUUGUGACACGUGAAAAUCGUUAAAAAAGAUACCUGUCACUUUCUUCAUUUUCCACGAAAUCACUUAAAAUCGACCUUCUUAUUGUGGGAGUCUUUUGUGUAUCAGCUCUCACUCCUGGAAUGAAUGAUGUGUUGUAACGGGAAUUAAACGAGUCCUGUUUGCGGUGUUUUUACCGGUCCCGGGCCUUGUGGAAUUCCCGUAAAAAACCCGGCCCUUUAAAGCCAGGACGAUACGCUCAUGGUAACGCACAAAAAUGGUUCGACCCAAACAGAGGCUUUAACUAAAUAAUGAAAAGGAGAUCAUUGCCAAAUUUUUAGAGGACAAGGAAAUACUCAAGGUUUUAUCCAAACUUUUAAGUUGAUAUGACUAAAAGUAGCGCCUACACAUUUAUUGGUGAUCUUUUAAGCUAUUUUCGCUUUCCUUGGUCUGGUAAUGGCCUGCCCGCCUUCUUGGAGUACAAAAUCAACUUUCAUAGGGUCGUACAUGGAGUACAAACUACACACUAUUUUGAGUCUAACUGUGGCAUCUAGUUAUUCCUUGCGUAAAUUAAUUUUGGUAUCAUAUAGUGUGGAAAGGCUUAUUACCGGGAUGUGAUGCGUCACCUUAAUUAUGCGACUAAAGUUUCAUGGACCAAUCAUGUUUGCAUGGGGCUCAGUUCCACUGCAGUUUUUUCAGACUUGGUGAAGGGAAUUGCCGUGCUGUUGUCCCUUUAGGGACUGUUUACAUGGAGGUGGAGGACCCCAGGUAGGUGGGGUAACCCUCCUGUCCAUAUAAUCUCUCAUAUGGUCACCCCACCUAUCACGUAAACGUGAUCACAUUAAAAUAAAAGAUUAUAUGAGCAGGCGGGUUACCCCACCUAAGCUUGUCAACUCACCUACCUGGUGUCUCCCACCUCUCUGUAAACAGGCCCUUAAAAAGUGUCAGUAGGCCAGCAAAAGGAGUUAAACUUUCUCUAUUUUUUUCCUGCUUUCAGAAGCCAACCAGCUCCACCUUGUAACUUCCUUAAUGAAAAAUGUGCUUCAUUCACGGAAUUUUGCCUUUGCUAGUUUUCUGGUUGGUUUGCUGCAGUACAAGCCAAGUAAGUGUGGCUGUUACUAGUAGCAUUGGGCAGACCUCGUGACCCUAAUACGGAUACUGGUUUGCAGCCCGGAAUAAUGAGGGCUGGGGACGAGGCAAGGUAGCAGCCAGGCUGGAAAUGAUCUUGUUUUGAUAAAGUCCUUCCUAAUUCCUUAUGAAAAUGAUGUUCAUCUUUUCUUACUAUUUUUUAAUAUAAUUUGCAUGAGAAAAGCUGGUAUAUUUGUAUCGAAACAAGGUGAACCAAAGCACUCAUUCACUGUAGUAAGGUGGGGUACUCGCACCAUGUAAGGGAAUCCAGAUUCCGGGAUCCGGGAAAAUUUUGCUUGUGGAAUCCGGAAUCUUUUCUUUUGUUUUCUUUUCUUAAGACGCUUUUUAGCUAAUGGCGCUUGCCAAAAGAUAGGACUGGCCAGCGCGACGGAUCAUUAUUUAUUAAAAAUGCAAUUGAUUUUUUUUAUUUUUUUCGAGAGUUCUCCUAUCACUGUUGUGAGACUUUUUUUAGGAACAGAUUGAUCUGGCUGGAUGGUCUUUUGAAAUUAAAGGGAAUGGAGAGGAGAAGUCGUUUCUUCGCGUUGCCAUGGUAGCAAAAUUUCUUGUCCUCAACAAACUGUUUCCUGCAAAAUUGACGUGUAUGACUUUCCUGUGGUAUAAUUGUACUUAGGAACAAAACGGUAGCCCAUGCAUGUUUUUUCUUUCACCGUUCGACAAUGCCAAUGACCGUCCCUGUCAAACAAAAUUGUUGACAUACAGAAAUUUUGCCACCAUGAGAACGUGAUAUCACACUUUUCCUCUCUAUUCUGUACGACUUAACUGUUCUGACAGUGAUUGGUUUCAAUUUAGGAGUCAUUUCAUAAGUGAGUUGAAUAUGAUCGUCUGGGUAGUCCUGUGUAAGACUGUUGAUGACAGUGACCGACGUUUUGCCAACCUUUGCGAUAGUCAUUUUCAGAGUCUAAGUGAGCUGUAUUACGUUUAAUGGGGCGGCACCCAAAGGGUUGAUUUCCAGUUUCGUGCAAUUCUUACGUGCGUACGUGCAUAAAAUUUAAGUUCGCAAAUAAAAUAGAGGCAAUGCAUGAAAGGUCGCUCGUAAGCGUAAAAGUUGAACCUCGCUCACCUUCUCGUUUAAGCUCAGCAGUUUUCGUCUUGCCUCUAUUUUAUUUACGUGCGUUAACGUGCGUAGCUAAAAACGCGCCAGUAAAAAUCAACCUUAAGUUUAGUUCUUGCGUAGUUAGACAAUUGAACUGUAUCUUUUUGUGAUGUAGGUGAACGGCUGUCGCCGUGUCAAGCAGCUAUGCAUCCGUUCUUGGCUCCAGAUUUACCAUUUUGUUAUUUGCUGCCACAACACGGAGAUAAGCUCAUA